AUGCCCCCAAAGAAAGCCGCAUCAGGACUAGCCAAGACCAAGAGGAAGUUGAUUCUGUGGGACCGAAAUGGUGUGGAUGGGGGAGAAUCUAGCAUUGAAGUUGUACUACUGUGGCUCUCAACUGGCAACAACUACGACCGUCGGCGCGGGCAUGAACAAAAGGGCACCACUAAAACUGGAUUGUCCACAUCCUCAAAUCCAAGGGGAUCCAUCAUUGUGACAACAAAGCUUUGGUUACUGACUAAUUCUUAUUCUCACGUCUAA